CAACAACCAGUAUACCGUUACACAGCAUCAGCUAAUCCAUCAUGGACCAGCGGUAUGAGCUUUGCAGAGCAGAGCCGUGCCUUUGGCCUGAUGAUCACUCACUCAAUCCCCAGAAGACUGCCUUGGUCAUCAUAGAUAUGCAACGCGACUUCUGCGAGGAAGGCGGUUAUCUAUCGCAACAAGGCUACGAUAUAGGCCCUCUGCGAGCCAUCAUUCCCAACAUCCAAAGACUUUUGCAGCUCUGCCGCGAGAAAGGCUAUCAGAUCUAUCAUACCCGCGAAGGCCACCGACCCGACCUGUCAGAUCUCUCCGAACGUGAGCGGCAACGCUCGCUGCGUGACCUCUCAGUUCCUGGUAUUGGAGAACCAGGCCCCUUGGGACGUCUUCUAGUCCGCGGAGAACCUGGACACGAUACCAUUCCGGAGCUAUAUCCACGCGAUGGCGAGCCUAUCAUUGACAAGCCUGGCAAAGGCGCCUUCGCCAACACUGACUUUGAUCUACUGCUCCGGAUCAGAGGCAUUCAGAACUUGAUCCUCUGCGGCGUGACAACUGAUGUAUGCGUUCAUACCACGAUGCGAGAAGCAAAUGAUCGGGGCUAUGACUGUCUACUCGUCAGCGAUGCCUGCGCUGCCAGUUCCAGAAACUUGCACGACUUGACGAUCAUGUCCACCAAAGCUGAGGGUGGCGUCUUUGGUGCAGUCUCGUAUGUAGAAAACGUGAUCGAGGGCAUAGAGACUGGCUUGUACGAAGAGAAUGCCGAAGGCUGACUUGAUUGACAUAUUUUUGAGACUGACAAGUUUUGCAAAGUUUAUUACAUUAUCUCAAGCACUAUCAAGAGCUAAAGCAAUUACAUUCUAGGGCCUUACUAGGCUUGCGCGG